CCUCUCUUGCACAGAAAGGAAAAAAAAAGGAAAAAGCAAAAAAAGCAAAAAAAAGCAAAAAAGCAAAAGCAAAAGAAAAGCCAUGACUGCUUUCCCACAAUUCAUCUCCCCCGCGCCAUCUUUGUAUUAUUUCUAAUUUAUUUUGGAUGUCAAAAGACAUUGAUGAAGAUAUUUUCUCUGGAGUCUCCUGCCUAGCUCACCCGGCGCUUCCCGAUGUGAUCCGAGCGAAAGAGCUCCGUGCGCGCCCGCCCGAGCAGCCGACACACCACGAUGUCUCGCCGCAAGCAAGGGAAACCCCAGCACUUAAGCAAACGGGAAUUUUCACCCGAACCGAUUGAAGCCAUUCUCACGGAUGACGAGCCGGAUCAUGGUACGCUGGGAGCUCCAGAAGGGGACCACGACCUCCUCACAUGUGGCCAGUGUCAGAUGAACUUCCCUUUGGGGGACAUCCUUAUUUUUAUUGAGCACAAACGAAAGCAAUGCAACGGCACUCUUUGCCUAGAGAAAGGUGUGGAUAAGCCUCCUUCGCCCUUGCCGAGCGAGCUGCGAAAAGCAUCUAAUCCUGUGGAGGUUGGCAUCCAGGUCACGCCCGAAGAUGACGAUUGUUUGUCAACGUCAUCUAGAGGAAUUUGCCCCAAACAGGAACAUAUAGCAGGUUUGCACAGUGGGAGCCAGCACUGGGAACAAUCAUUUCUCCACACCCUGUUCUUCCCCAGUGAAUUCUCUUUGUUUGCCUUAACCAUGGGUAAAGAUGAACCCAGCAGCUACACGUGUACAACAUGUAAACAGCCAUUCAACAGCGCCUGGUUUCUCUUGCAACACGCACAGAACACGCAUGGAUUGAGGAUCUACUUAGAAAGUGAGCAUGGAAGUCCCCUGACACCACGGGUGGGGAUCCCAUCAGGACUAGGUGCAGAAUGCCCUUCUCAGCCGCCACUCCAUGGGAUUCACAUUGCAGACAAUAAUCCUUUCAAUCUCCUCAGAAUACCUGGGUCAGUCGCAAGAGAAGCUUCAGGGCUCGGAGAAGGGCGUUUUCCUCCCACGCCACCUUUGUUUAGUCCCCCUCCAAGGCAUCACUUGGAUCCGCAUCGCAUAGAACGCCUGGGUGCCGAAGAAAUGGCUCUUGCCACCCAUCACCCCAGUGCCUUCGACAGGGUGCUGCGCCUCAACCCCAUGGCCAUGGAGCCCCCAGCGAUGGAUUUCUCCAGGCGGCUUAGGGAGUUAGCUGGAAACACCUCUAGUCCGCCAUUGUCACCGAACCGGCCCAGUCCUAUGCAAAGGUUACUGCAACCAUUCCAGCCAGGCAGCAAGCCGCCUUUUCUGGCCACGCCUCCUCUUCCUCCUCUGCAGUCUGCCCCUCCCCCUUCCCAGCCUCCUGUCAAAUCCAAGUCCUGUGAAUUUUGUGGGAAAACCUUCAAGUUUCAGAGUAACUUAGUCGUCCACCGUCGGAGCCACACUGGAGAAAAACCAUACAAGUGCAACCUCUGUGACCACGCAUGCACGCAAGCAAGCAAGCUGAAGCGCCACAUGAAAACCCACAUGCACAAGUCCUCGCCCAUGACCGUGAAGUCGGAUGACGGCCUCUCCACAGCCAGUUCGCCAGAGCCUGGGACCAGCGAUCUUGUCGGCAGCGCCAGCAGCGCCCUCAAAUCCGUCGUGGCCAAGUUCAAAAGUGAGAACGACUCGAAUAUGAUUCCGGAAAAUGGGGACGAAGAGGAGGAGGAGGAGGAAGAAGAGGAGGAGGAGGAGGAGGAGGAAGAGGAGGAGGAUUUGACGGAAAACGAACGACCGGACUAUGGGUUUGGUAUUAAUCUCGAAGCAGCUCGCCACCACGAAAACAACUCCCGUUCCAUCGAGGAGAGUCGCUCUAUGCCGGAUGUCAUGCAGGGCAUGGUCCUGAGUUCCAUGCAGCACUUCAGCGAAGCCUUCCAUCAGGUCCUGGGAGAGAAACAUAAACGGGGGCAUUUGUCCGAAUCGGAGGUGCACAGAGACACUUGCGAUGAAGACUCAGUAGCUGGUGAAUCCGAUCGCAUCGAUGACGGCGCCAUUAACGGCCGGGGGUGUUCCCCUGGUGAAUCUGCCUCCGGAGGGUUGUCCAAAAAGCUACUCUUGGGUAGCCCUAGCUCCCUAAGCCCUUUCUCCAAACGCAUCAAACUUGAGAAGGAGUUCGACCUCCCCGCGACAGCUAUGCCUAACACUGAAAAUGUUUACUCCCAGUGGCUAGCUGGGUACGCUGCCUCUCGGCAGCUGAAAGAUCCAUUCCUCAACUUUGGAGACUCCCGACAAUCGCCUUUCGCUUCCUCCUCGGAACACUCCUCCGAAAACGGGAGUUUACGCUUCUCGACGCCUCCCGGGGAGAUGGAUGGAGGGAUAUCAGGCCGCAGCGGUACAGGAAGUGGAGGAAGCACCCCGCAUAUUAGUGGUCCGGGCCCUGGGAGGCCUAGCUCAAAAGAGGGCAGACGCAGCGACACUUGUGAGUACUGUGGGAAAGUCUUCAAGAACUGUAGUAACCUCACUGUCCACAGGAGAAGCCACACUGGGGAAAGGCCUUAUAAAUGCGAGCUGUGUAACUACGCCUGUGCCCAGAGUAGCAAACUCACCAGGCACAUGAAAACCCAUGGUCAGGUGGGGAAGGACGUUUACAAAUGCGAGAUUUGUAAGAUGCCUUUUAGCGUGUACAGUACCCUGGAAAAACACAUGAAAAAAUGGCACAGUGACCGAGUCUUGAAUAAUGACAUAAAAACUGAAUAGAGGUAUCUUGACAUGGUCCCCUGCUCUUCCUCCCUUUCCCCGACCUAAACCCACCUCCCCACUUAGAGAUUUUCUAGUCCCUUGUGAGUAAAAUAACGGAAGCUAAGGAAGAUAUUAAGAAAGUGCUUGUCACCAGCACACCUGUUUUCAUUUCCCUUUUUAUUUUAUUUUUAUCCCUUUCUUUUCUGUUUUCACCAUUUGAAUGCAUGAUCUGUAUUGGGGCAAUACUACGCAAACUUUGAGCCUUUCUCUUGUGCAAUAAUUUACAUGUCGUGUAUGUUUAUUAAUUUUUUUAAGAAAAUUAGACAGCAUGUAUGGUAUGUUAUGGCUGUUUUUUAGAAAAUUGUCCCCUGAUUCAUUGCUGAGCAAACAAACGGAAAGAUCACACAUGCACGCAUGCACGCACGCACACAAACGCACACACAAACACACACACACACAACCCCCACAUGCAGCAUUAUGCUGUUUCCAGUUCUGUUCCAGAAAAGAGAGAGAGAGAGAGAAAAGAAAAACAACACAACAAAAAAAUAUUUUUUUUAACAGAACCAACUAUGCUGCAUACAUUCUGUAUACUUAUCAUGUACAAUUUUGUUUUGAAACAUAGAGAGGAAAAUGUACCUAGAAUUAACCCUCUAUGGACAGACGGAUAACACUGGAAAAGAAAAAAAUCCAUUGUGUUACCUUGAUUUCUGUCUUUAAAAGGACUGAACGUAUCACUUGUUUUGGGGGGGUUGGGGGGAGGAAAAAUAGGCCUUUAAUUGAAAAAUAAGGACAUAAGUGGAAAGGUGAAUUUGUACUAUCAUUUGGUUUAAAAUAGAAAUCCGAGUGCCUUGAAUCUAUUUAAGCCAUGUUGGUGGCAACGCUACUUGUUCUAAACUUGUAGUUUGAUGUUCGCACUGGGCAGUGUAAAUGAGCCCUUUAGGAUCUAGCCCAUAACUCUAUAUUGUACUUCUCACAACAGUGGCUACCUAGAUGCAAAAAAAGAGAAAAAAGGAGAGAGAGAGAGAUAAAAAUAAAAAAAUAAAAAUUAACGAAGAAAACCCAACCAGUCCUGGUGAAUAAAUAAGCCUUCGAUGCCGGCCCCCUCCCUCUGUUUAGACCAACCACCAUCACCCUUCCCACAACUGAUCUAUCUUUCAACGUCAUUCUGCUCCGGAAGAGAGUGGAAAACAGUCGCCACGAUCGGAGCGGAUGCUUCCCUGCCAUCCCAUUGCUAGUACCCGGCCUCCACCAACUCCUGACCCACUCAGUUUAAAAUGAAGAUUAUUAUUUUGCUGAUUAAGAAAAAGAAGAAGAAUGUGAAAUUGUGAAAGGCCUUGGAAAACGAUUAAAUACACUAGGAAGAAAAUUCAUGUCCUGGAGAUUUCACAAGCAUUUUUUAGCGAUUCUGGCGCACAAACGAAAAUAAAGGCUAAAAAGACAAGAAAUGAAAAUAGUUAAGUCCAGGUGCAGUUGGUUGUCAUUGUGACAAUCAGCUUAGAAAUGUGCAACCUUGUACAUCCGGAUCUGCUUAUCUCUCUAUAUUGGGAAAGAUGUAUAAACAAUCCGGCAAUAAUAGAAACAUGUCCCCCCAAAAAAGCAAAAGAAAAAACCAACCGACUGUAGCGAUUGGUUAAAACAACGUGGUACUGUUUGCCAUUUUAAAUGAAAAACAGAGUAUAAGCUAAUAUUAAUAUGAUUAUUACCUAUGAGCUAUUCAGAUUUGCCUUCAAGUGUGACAUUCUGGAAAAAAGAAGAGAGAGGAAAAUAAUUUAAAAAGAGUCACAGCUUAUGCUUGUGCUCCCUAAAAGUUGCUCUUCGUUUGUUUCUUUUAAUCAUAUGCUAUGUGCUAGUUGACAUGGAAAAAGGAUUCAUUGUUUUUAUGAUUAAGCUAGCAUCUGACUCCGCCUGUCGUGUCAGUAUCUUUUCCUUUAAUCAGAGGUACACAGGUUGAGUAUAAAAAACUUUUAAGACUGCUCAGAUAGGACAAUUUAAAUGCACUGUACAAUUUUCCCAGUUUACAGGUCUAUACUUUUAAGGGAAAAAUUGCAAGAUUAAUGAAAACUUUUGUUUAAAAAAUUUGAGCAUGAUCUCACGAUGAGCAUAGAAAAAACUCUGCCAGCUUGCUCUUUGACUUGACUAAUGACUGGGACGCAACAUUAUGGCGCUGUGAAGGGGAUCAGGCCCUGCAGUUAUAUUAAAAAUAAUGAAUGAUGCUCUUGCUGCAACAGUGCAAGGAUGUUUUCUUCUUUUUUUGUACAAAACUUUUAAAAAUAUAAAUGUUAAGAUUUUUUUUUAAACACGUCAUUAUGUUUAGGGGAGAAAAGUGUAUCUUAGGAUUCAUUGUCCUGGUGGUGUGCAAGACCUGUUCUUCAUUGAAAACCAGUAGUUGAAAACUCUUUGCCUUGGUUAUAUCACAACUCUUCAGGUUGUAAAAUAAAUGCAUUGGGGAAAGGUUUAAGAAUAUAUAGUACUGAAAUAUAGGAAAAUGCACACUCCUGUUGGUUCCUAUGCUAAGAAAAAGAAAAAACAAGCAGACAAAAAAGAAGAAAAACACAUUUAUGGUCUCUUUUUUCUGUAAUUUCUAGAAUGGUAUUUGAAUUUAAUGUUCACCUAGAGUAGGGCACUAUAGUAUUUAUAAUGAAGCUUGUAUUUUUAACUGUUGCUUGUUUCUCUUUAAAAAAAAGGUAUCAAAGUACCUUUUUUGGUAGUGGAAAAACACACACAGACACAUAGACAGACAGACAGACACACAAACAGGCUGCCACAGUAUAUUUUUUUUAAUUUGGCAGGAUAAUCUAGUGCAAAAUAUUUGUAUGUUUCAAAAAAAAGAUGACAAGAAAAGUGUGACAUUGUACUGAUAAAGAGGCCAUAUAAUGGGCUGUUUUUGGGGUGGGUGGGUGAAUAAAAACAGAUCUGUUUGAAUGUCACACUAAAUGAGCGUCGCAGAUGGUUGUACAUAUCAAAGUUCUUUUGGGGGUUUCUUUGUUUUCUGCUGCCAUAUUGUAUGCAGUAAUGCAAGGUGGUGAUGUUGGUUUGUUCUGUAGUGUGCUCUUUGGUCCCUUUUCUUCUUCUCUUACCCCUUUACAUUCCAGCAUCUUAAACUUCAUAUGCAGUAAAAGAAAAAGGAAAAAAAAGAACGAAAGGAGAAAAACAAGUUUGCAGGUUUUUUUUCCAUUGCCAAAAAGAAAAAAAAAAUAAAAUGGUGCUUUAUAUAUUUAGAUCGGAAAGGAUUUCGUAUGCAAAGCAUAUUAAAAAGAGAGAGCCCCGCUGGAGACGAUACCUUUUUUGUAUAUGGCAAUGCAAAAUAUUUUGUUAUUAUCGGCCUUUUCUAUUCCUGUAAUGAAAGCUGUUUGUCGUAACUUGAAAUUUUAUCUUUUACUAUGGAAUUCACUAUUUAUUAUUCCUUCACACUCUGUUCAGAACAGAGGCGUCGGAUCUGAUCUUUGUUUUUUUGUUUUUAUUUUUUUUUAAUUAUUUAGAUGACCAAAGGUCAUUGGCAACCUGGCUUUUUAUUGUAUUUUUUUCUAGUCUUUGUUAAGUUCUAUUGGGAAAACCACUGUCUGUGUUUUUUUGGGGUCUUUUUUUAAUUGGGCAGUUGUCUGCAUUACCCUGUUCAUUCACCCAUUUUGUCCCUUAAUUGAAAAAAUAAAAAUAAAAAAAAUAUUGCUUAAAGUACAUACCAUAAGCUUUGCGUGUCCUCAUUUGACACACUCUGUAAAUUUCCCUCUUCCAGAGAAACAGCUUUUAAGAGAAGGCCAGUGUGUUUUCUUCUUGGGGGCAUUUUGAUGUAUGUAUUAGUAUCCUAAAGGGGCAGAUAGUUUCCUAUUUAUAUCACAAUAAAAUGUUUUGCCCCUGGGGAAAAAGCGUCUUUGGUCUUACAUUGAGAACAAGGAUUUUUUUUUAAGGAGGGAAUCUUUCUUUUCCAUCUGGAUGUAUUGCCCCCACCCACUAACUUGCCUGUCGCUCGGUUCCCUUUUUUCUGAGGAAUGCAUUUAGCUAAAAACUAAAAAGGGGACGGAUUGGUGACAGCAUCAAAGUCAUUCAUCUGUUUGUGAAAGGGACUUUCACCCACCUCUCCCCUUCCCCUUCCUGUUUUGCACCAUUGCGUACAAUCACAAACAAGCUCAGAUGUGAACAAUAUGCAAUCCACUCUCCGUGUGGCAACAGCCCACCCCCUCGCCAUUCCUUGCCAACCUUAAAAAAAAACGAAACAAAACCCGUACACGAUAAGUGAAUUGGAAAUGCCGGAUCCCUGCUAUGCCACAUGCUGUUGUAGCAAAAGCGGAACCCGCUGAUGGAUGCGCCUGUGUGCAUGUUGAAGCACAUACUGGUGCAUACAUCGCGCAUCCCCAAGAUCAGGCCCAGCCACUUGGGAAACCUCUUUGACGCAUUUUGUCCGGGACGGGACAGGAGCUGCUGCUCUUUUUUAUAUAUUCUGUACAAUGGAUAGGUUUUAUCAAAACGUUGUGUAUACAUUGUCUUUAAAUAUCUGGACUCUGGUUCUGAUUACAUAUAUAUAAAAUAUAUAUAUAUUUUUCCUCCUGAGAGGUCCUGUAUAUGUUGUCAAGUUUUGCGAAUACUGCAUGUUGCAGCAUCUCUUUGCUUUAUUAAAAACACAUACCUCUGUGA